GUGCCUUUUAGCUGAGCGACAGACUGGAAUAGCCAAUGAUCGACAGUAUAUCUUGAGUUGCGACCAACCAGGAAAGAAAAGAGGCUAUGGCUGUCCCAGCCAAAAAGAGGAAGAUGAACUUCUCGGAGCGGGAGGUGGAGAUCAUCGUGGAGGAACUGGAGCUGAAGAAGCACCUGCUGGUGAACCAUUUCAACGCUGGCGUCCCUCUGGCCGCCAAGAGUGCGGCUUGGCACGGCAUCCUGCGAAGGGUCAACGCCGUGGCAACAUGCCGCAGGGAACUACCUGAGGUCAAGAAGAAGUGGUCUGACCUCAAGACCGAGGUCCGUCGCAAGGUUGCCCAAGUACGGGCCGCCGUGGAGGGUGGCGAGGCCCCAGGCUCCACGGAGGAGGACGGAGCUGCUGGGGCUGGGACAGGUGGUAGCAGUGGCGGAGGUGGUCCGGCGGUAGCCCCCGUCCUGCUGACCCCCAUGCAGCAACGCAUCUGCAACCUGCUGGGUGAGGCCACCAUCAUCAGUCUGCCCACUACCACAGAGAUCCACCCCGUGGCCCUUGGACCUGCGGCCACUACAGCCGCAGCCACGGUCACCCUGACACAGAUCCCCUCGGAAACCACCUACCAUGCCCUCGAGGAGGGUGUGGUGGAGUACUGCACUGCGGAGCCCCCGCCUCCUCAGCCAGCUGAAGCCCCUGUGGAGAUGGUGGCCCAACACAGCGGCGACACAUCCGUCAAGCCACAGGCGCUCAAGAGCCGCAUUGCCCUCAACUCAGCCAAACUGAUCCAGGAGCAGCGGGUCACCAACCUGCACGUGAAGGAGAUUGCCCAGCACCUGGAGCAGCAGAACGACCUGCUGCAGAUGAUCCGCCGCUCACAGGAGGUGCAGGCUUGUGCUCAGGAGCGCCAGGCCCAGGCCAUGGAGGGCACCCAGGCAGCCCUGAGUGUGCUCAUCCAGGUCCUCCGGCCCAUGAUCAAAGAUUUCCGCCGCUAUCUGCAAAGCAACAUGCCCACCCCAACCCCUGCCUCUGACCCGGGACAGGCGGGACAGGUGGCUCAGAACGGGCAGUCUGACAGUGGCAUCCAGUGAAGACAGGGGUCCCAGCCUUCUGCUGUGAUUGGAUGAACCCUCUGUGGUCUCGCAAGUGGCUUCUGGGAUUGGCCGCAGGCUGGGCCCAUGGGCAGCUCCCACUUUGGGCUCCACAGUUCUGAGAAAGGAACCUGGGAAGAGAAACUUGUUGGGCUCCUGGGAUCCAAACCCACUUCCUCCCAGUUCGGGAGCUGCUUGCCAAGACCCGGGAGAUUGGUAGCUGGGAGUCACUGAGUUGGUGAUGAGACACAGGUAGCCAUGAGCCAGGGCAGGACAUGGCGCAGAUUCCGAUUCCAUACAGGAAAACUCUGCAAGGAAACACUGGCUCUUACCUGGGCCCUGUCCAGUACCAGGCUGUUAAGUGAGAUGGUGACAGAGGCCCUGGUGUCAGCAGGAGAGCCAUAAACAUCUUCCUCUCACCCCGGACAGCAUAGCUGAGCUCAGAAGAAAAAAA